CUCUUGGGAUUUGGUUCCCUUUGGACUUGCAUUGCUCAAUUCUUACCUAUUUAUUUUGCACAGUUUACAGCUGUUGGGGCUAAAAAUUUCCUGCCUCUGAUGCAUUUGAAAAGAAUAUUUCCAAUAUUCUUGUUGUUAAGCCAAAAUAGUGAUGAAUUUGUGUUUUCACUGUGCUCCAGAUUAAGAUUUCUAAAUUCCACAAACAGAGUAAUAAACCUACUAAAGUGCUUGUAUAUUCCUGGAGUGCAACUGAAGCUUUUCAGCGUUUAUUGGUUUUAGACUGGGACAGAGCUGGGGUUUUCUGGCCUUUUGAGGGGUGAACCAUGCUUUUGUGUACGGAGCAGGCCAGCAGGCUUGUGCUGAACCCUCUCAGGUCCCCUUCAAAGGAUACAGUUCUGUAAAUAUCAUCCUUCUGUCACAGCAUUUCUCCUUCCUACUUCCAGGAGUUUAUUAUUCCAGCUGGAACAUGCAGAAGUCAUUUAGCUACUUGUGUGUCUUCAGCAAAGCCCAUUUCAGUGCAUUUUAUUUCCCUGUUUGUGCUGCCACUUUAGGUGACAUCCAAAGGAUUUUCUGGAGUGGCUUAAUGUUUGUUUGCUUGCUUUUCCAGAAUAACUUUACUGAUACUAAAAUCCUUCUUAAUUCCAUGACCAAGAGCUGGAAAAUCCUCCCUGUGCACUGUGGGGGUGUCUGAGGGAAGCACAGGAUUUGUAUUGUGUCGGUGAAAAGAGGUUUAAUGUGAAUUUAAAGUGUAGGUGCUCAGGUGAACAGUGCUGCAAUCUAGGGGAUCCUCCCUGCUGUAAUCCAGACGUCACUUCCCAGCUGGAAUAUUUGAUGUUUAACUUCCCCAUACUUCUGAGGACAUCAGACCAUAGGGGAAGUUUUUUUCUUAGCUCCUGGUCUGUGUGUGUGACUCAAACAACAGAGUUACGUAAAUAAAUGUAUGCAGCCUGUUGGAUAUGUUUGACUAUUCCCUUUUUUUUUUUUUUACCUCCAGAUGGUAACUGGGAUCUCAGCUCCAACUCCUUCAUGUGUGAGGGUCAAGGAAUGAGUAAGAGCCUGUUAAUAGAGGCCAGUGGGAGUUGUAGGGAAGGGAAGACAGGAAUAGUCUCUGCCUGAGCAGUUCCUGCUCAGCUGUGGCAGAGCUGCAGAGUGGAGCAGAGGAUGGAAAUGUUGAUGCUGGUGUUUGCUCUGGUCAGCUGGGAAUGGGAGCUGAGCCCUCCCAGUCUGGGCUCUGGGGAGGGGGAAAAUGAGCAGCAGGAUCCUGGGCAGGAGUGGUUUAUUUACUGUGUGAGGAGUAAAUAAAACUCCUCACCGUUUACUCUGGGGUGGAGACUCACUAAGGGCUUGCUGUGGUCACGGAGAGCACAAAUUUCUGGAAUUGCUGGAGCUGAAUCCUGAAUAUUCAGAGUGGAUGAGGAUUGGACCUAUCCCAUGAGGAGAGAGAUGCAGGAAAUCUUACCUGGGUUAUUUUUAGGCCCAUAUUCUUCAGCUAUGAAAAGCAAGCUACCUAUACUGCAGAAACAUGGAAUAACCCAUGUAAUAUGCAUACGGCAGAACAUUGAAGCAAAUUUUAUUAAACCAAACUUCCAGCAGUUAUUUAGGUAUUUAGUCUUGGAUAUUGCAGAUAAUCCAGUGGAGAAUAUAAUCCGAUUUUUCCCUAUGACUAAAGAAUUUAUUGAUGGAAGUUUACAAAGUGGAGGAAAAGUUCUUGUCCAUGGGAAUGCAGGGAUUUCUAGAAGUGCUGCCUUAGUUAUUGCAUACAUAAUGGAAACAUUUGGGGUGAAGUACAGGGAUGCAUUUACUUAUGUCCAAGAAAGAAGAUUCUGUAUUAAUCCUAAUGCUGGAUUUGUCCAUCAACUUCAGGAAUAUGAAGCCAUCUAUCUAGCAAAAUUAACCAUCCAGAUGAUGUCACCUCUGCAGCUGGAGAGAUCCCUCUCAGUCCCACCUGGCAGCACAGGAAGUUUGAAGAGGAUGCACGAGGAGGAUGAAGAUCUUGGCACCAUGCAGGUGGCAGCAGCACAGAAUGGCUGAUGGCCGAGGACAAGCACUGGUUGUAGUGAGAAUUCCUGCCAAGAAAGGUGAAGAAAACUAGGGAAAAAGAAAACCACACAAAAACCAGAAGGAGAAUUAAUGCAAAACAAUGAACACACAUAGCUUCUUUUCAAUUACAUGUUGCUUUUCAGAUGUAAAUCUGCCUCUGCAACACACUAAGCAUCAUUUUUAAGAUGUUGGACUUCUUGAAUGAAUAGAUGGCACUGAUUGUUUCACUCCUUUUUUACACUUUACAGUUUUAUUCUAAACCAAGAUUUUUGGACUUGCAAAGAGGUAUUAUUGCAAUAAUGCACUUUUCAUACUUGAAAUUUCUUUAUUUGUAUGAUAUAAAGUUAUUACUUUAAACAAAAUGCAAGCGGGGGGGGAUUUGUUUAUAAAGUUAUUUGUGUAAUUUAUAACAAGAGACUUUAGUAAAGAAAAAGUUUGCUAAAACUCA